AGAAUAUAGAUACAGUCAAGACUCAAGAGUGCACACACAGACUUUUGCAGAGCACGUACUUUCCUGUCUGUGAUCAAAGCAUAACAAAAUGCAGAGCUUUCUUCGCAAAUUGGUCGCAAACCACAGCCACAGCCACCACCACAACCUCUCCGGCACUCUCCACCGCAACAUAUUGCACUCUCUCUCAAAACCUCCUCUUUCUUCACAACCACAACAACAACUCGUACUUCAACUACGCAACCGCAUUCCCACCACCUCUUUCUUCGCUACUCUCCCACUUCACCAUUCUCACUCAUGCCGCUCCUUUCUUACCCAAAUUCGAGGGUUUCUCUCCAACCCGCUUCUUGCCUCCAAUUUCCGCAGAUUCUCCAACAGAAACCAGCUCCUCAAUUUCAGGUCCAAGCUCCCCACACCUCAAUUUCACCGCCGCAGCUUCGGCUUCAACCAAUCUCCUGAUCUUUACCGUGGCUGGAGAUCAUGGUUCAACAGGCUAACACCUAAUGAUAUGGUUCUAGGAUUGAUUAUAGCUAAUGUUGCUGUUUUCUUAUUAUGGAGGAUAGGAGAUAAAAAGUUUAUGAUAAAUAACUUUACUAUCUCCCUGGACAAUUUCAAGAGUGGACGUUUCCACACUUUGAUAACCAAUGCAUUCAGUCACAUAGAAUUUGGGCAUCUGUUUUCCAAUAUGAUUGGACUCUACUUCUUUGGAUUGAAUGUUGCAGGAAAUUUUGGCCCUGCAUAUUUGCUGAAACUAUAUCUUACUGGGGCAGUUGGUGGUUCCAUUUUUUACUUGGUGCAUAAAGCCUAUAAGUCACAAACAUCAAAGGACUGGGGAUUUAUGAAGCAUUCAAGGGAUAUAGCAUUGGGGGCAAGUGCAGCUGUAAAUGCAAUUGUGCUGCUUGAUAUAUUCCUCUUUCCCAAAGCAACCAUUUACUUGAACUUCCUUAUACCAGUUCCUGCAAUCCUAUUGGGCGCGCUCUAUAUCGGAAAAGAUAUGCUAAUCAUGUUCCAGGGAGACAGUUACGUAGCAGGAUCUGCACAUUUGGGGGGUGCUGUAGUUGCAGCUAUUGCUUGGGCAAGAAUUCGGAAAGGCAUAUUCUAAUUUUAUUAAAAUAACUUUUUUUUCUCUCCUUAAUUGAUGUUGAUGUUGAUGUUGAUGUUAGGGGAAGUAAUGUUAUUAUUGUGCUAAUUGUGAAUUGCUAACUGGAGCAAGUGCAAGUGCCUCACAAGCAGCUUAUCGGUUAAAAAAUGUGUUGGUGCUUUUGCAUGAUAUACUUAAUAUUUUAGUCUCAUUAUAAUAUAAAAAUGAAAUGUAUUCAUUUAUUUGGAUACAACUAAAUUUAGGUU